UGGAUGGGGUAGUGUAGGCUGGCACCCUGUGGGUGGGAGGCGGCCGCAGGAGAGUCCUGCUGGGUCUGUGGUAGGCCGAGAUACUUGGAUGGGGUAGCCAGCAGCCACCAGCCACUGCCUACCCGAUCCAAGCGCCUCACUGGCUACUCGAUCCAAGCACCUCGCUCAGGGGUGGGUUCUAAAAUUUUUUACUACUGGUUCUGUGAGCGUGGUUUAUUUUGGUGGGCGUGGUGUUGGUAGGAGGACAGAGGUUGACCCUAGGCCCCUUGUUUGCGGGGUGCCUCAGGACUCAGUCCUCUCUCCCCUUCUAUUUAACAUCUACAUGAAGCCACUGGGUGAGAUCAUCUGACGAUAUGGGGUGAGGUAUCAGCAAUAAUAUGAAGUGCAGCUCCCUCUUCUUGUUUUGGCUGUGUUCUGCGUCUGUAUAAUAACGCUGCAGAGUCAACUCCAGAUAUCUCCUUUUGUACUAGGUUGCUGUUAAAUAGGCAAGUGAAGAUGUUGGUGCUUAACUGUUCCACAAAACUGCAGGUUCUAGAACAAAUGUUAAAGAAGAAUUUUCCUGAAUCUCUCAAGGUUUAUGGAGCAGUGUUGAAUAUAAACAGAGGAAAUCCAUUCAAAAAGGAAGUGGUUGUGGAUUCAUGGCCAGAAUUUAAAGCUGUGAUUACUCGCCGACAAAAAGAGUCCAAAAGUGAUGCCCUAGACUACUUUACAAAUGCCUGUGCUGUUUUCUACAAAAAUCUGCAAGCUUACCAGGCAUUGUUGGAGAACCCAGAAACUAUAAACUGGGAGCAAGCCUUCCAGAUACAAGGUUUACAGGAUGAUUUAUACAAAACUUCCAAGAUUGUUGCUGAUGCCAAGCAUGUAAAUGUGAAGUUGUCUUCUUUCAAAAUGGUAAUCUGCCCAAACCCAGAUGCACUUCUAGAUAACUUUUUUAGGUUAGUUCCUGCACCGAAACUGACUUCCCUUGAUGCAUCUCAUGCAAGUCUGCUGAAUAACACCUGGUCCCGAGGAGGAAGUGACCAGUGCCAGAAAUACCUCAUCAACCUCAUUUGCUGUUUCCCCAGCAUGUGCGUUUUGGAUGAACAUGGAUGCCCCAUCUCCUGGGGUCUGACAGACCAAUUUGCUACUAUGAUCCAUGGCUAUACAUUGCCCAAGCAUCGUAGGAAAGGGUACAACCGUCUCAUUGCAACAAAUCUAGCUAAGGUGUUACACAGCAAGGGGUUUCCGGCUCAAGGAAAUGUUCUGGAGGAUAACUUACCAUCAUUAACUCUGCUAAAAAGCAUGAAUGCCAGAUUCUUACCUUGUCAGUUUGUCAGACUUACCCACAUCCCUUUCUGCCUUUUAGCUAAACCUGAGUGAACUUGGUGGAUUCUAUGAUGGUUGG